AUGGGCUUGUUGACGAAAGGCAGUCCACUAAGCUGGCCGGAAACUGUUCCUCAUGUUGAGUAUAUAAAGAAGCAUGGAAUUGCGCAGUUCAUAAACCUUUAUCAUCGACUGAAAUCACGUCAUGGAGAUCAGUUGAAAUGGGGAGAUGAAAUCGAAUACACACUCGUGAAGUUCGACCACGAGAAUAAGAAGGUACGCGUAUCGUGUCGUGCUGAGGAAUUGUUGAGCCGUCUUCAGGCCCAGGAAGAGGUGAAUGCUCUGCUUGGUACUGUAAACCACUUUCUAUGGCGACCAGAGUUCGCCGCUUACAUGAUAGAGGGAACUCCUGGAGUGCCAUAUGGAGGACUCUUGGCGUGUUUCAAUGUCGUUGAAGCAAAUAUGAUCGUGCGUCGUGUGGAAGUCCAAAAAUUGUUGAAAAAGGGAGAGUCAAUUCUGUCCAUCUCUUUUCCUGCUUUGGGCACGCAUGAUUUCACAGAUCCUCCAAUGGAACCCACUCCUUUUAAAAAAGGACCUGGUCAAAGCUUAUUUUGGCCUGAAGAUGCGGUAUUCGGCGGCCAUCCAAGGUUCAAGAAUCUAGUCAAGAAUAUUCGCGGACGUCGCGGAGAAAAAGUAGCGAUUAAUGUUCCCAUCUUCAAGGACAAGAACACGCCGAAGCCGUACAUUGAAGAUCUGUCUGCAUUAGGAGAAGGAGAUAUGGUCAGCGCAGCGAAACCGGAUCAUAUCUACAUGGACCACAUGGGAUUCGGUAUGGGAUGUUGCUGUUUACAGGUUACAUUUCAAGCUGUCAACGUCGAUGAAGCACGAUGGCUUUACGAUCAACUUACACCAAUUACGCCAAUACUGCUUGCAUUAUCUGCGGCAACACCGAUCUUUAGGAGCAAACUAGCAGAUGUUGAUUCUCGAUGGGACAUCAUCAGUGCUAGUGUGGACGAUCGAACAGCUGAGGAGCGUGGACUAGUUCCAUUGAAAAAUUCGAAAUGGAAUAUAGCGAAGAGUCGCUACGAUUCUACCGAUUGUUACAUAUAUCCUUGUUCGGUCCCUUACAACGACAUUCCAUUGCAGUAUGAUGAAGCGAUAUAUCAGCAGUUACGAGAUGGCAAUAUUGACGAGCCAUUGGCAAAGCACAUUGCACAUAUGUUCAUACGUGAUCCGCUGCAGGUAUUUCGCGAGAGAAUCGAGCAGGACGACGAAAAGUCGACAGAGCAUUUUGAAACCAUCCAAUCUUCUAACUGGAUGAAUAUGCGCUUCAAGCCGCCCCCUCCAGACGCUCCUGAAAUCGGAUGGCGCGUUGAGUUCAGGCCAACAGAGGUGCAACUAACUGAUUUCGAAAAUGCAGCUUAUUGCUGUUUCGUAGUUCUGUUAACGAGAGUAAUAAUCUCAUUCCGCCUCACUUACUUGCUGCCUAUUUCUAUGGUAACCGAGAACAUGAAACGAGCUCAGAAGAGGGAUGCCGUCACCAAGCAGAAGUUUCUGUUUAGAAAGAGCUUGGCCACGUGCAAGUCAUCUCCAGAAAACCUAAAGGGAACACCACAGUGUGGCGAACCUAGUGAAGAGAUUGAAGAAAUGACGAUUAAUGAGAUCAUCAAUGGAAAAGAGGGUGACAACACUUUCCCUGGACUCGUUCCGCUCAUUAAGCAAUACCUUGACAGUGCAGAUGUGGACGUGGAUACUCGUUGCACAAUUUCGCAGUACCUGAAUUUCAUUUCGAAGCGUGCUUCCGGUGAAAUUUGGACAUUAGCUCACUGGAUACGGCAUUUCGUGGAUACGCAUCCAGCGUACAAGCACGAUUCACAAGUUCCUGAUGAGACAAUAUACGAUCUUCUUGUACAGAUGGACGAGAUAUCGAGUGGAAAGAGACAUUGCAAAAAGUUGCUGGGAUGCUAUCGCUCAAAAACUGAUCACUUGAUUCCGAGCGCAGUGCGACGAGCUGAGGAAAGUUGGGUGAUCAGCAAACAGAAACGUGGCGAGUGA